CUAAGAAGGACGAGAAGACCGCUGCUCCUGAGGCCGCUGAGCCUAAGGCUGAGGCUAAGCCCAAGGCAGCUAAGGCUCCUAAGAAGGAGAAGGCACCCGCUAAGAAGGUUGUGAAGAAGGAGGCUGCUGAGGGUGGUGCUGAGGGCGCUGAGAAGGCCAAGAAGAAGGUGAAGGUGUCGAAGGCGGAGACCUACAAGCUCUACAUCUACAAGGUGCUGAAGCAGGUCCACCCUGACACCGGCAUCAGCAGCAAGGCCAUGUCCAUUAUGACAUCCCUGGUGACGGACCUCUUCGACCGCAUUGCCACCGAGGCCAGCAAGCUCAGCAAGUACAACAAGAAGCCCACGCUGACUUCCCGCGAAAUUCAGACGGCCGUCCGCCUGGUUCUGCCCGGCGAGCUCGCCAAGCAUGCUGUGUCUGAGGGUACUAAGGCCGUCACCAAGUUCACUUCGGCCUAAGACCACGCAUACUAUUUCCUAUACCAAGUAAAUCGGUGUUUUUCAACACCACCUUUUCCUGGAUUUUCCCUGCCUUCCAGUUGGCCACGAGAGGGGUUUUCCUCCCAUUGUCUUUGCACCUGCAUUUGCAUAAAUCGGUAACAUGCGUCGCACUCGAAUACAUGGUACCUUUGUUAACUAAAAAAAUGUAUGGACGACAAUUUUGUUGUGCAUGGAUGGUGCUGGUUAUCUCUGACAUUGACCAUACGGGUGGCCUUCUCCCCCCACACUUUCUUAUCUAGAGCACACUGCUCAGUGUCCGCAGAGGCCAAACAAAACAUGUUUCGCUCUGUUCAGGGGCCUGUCCACACAGUGCAGGUUUUAACAACAUACACAUACUGGUGCC